AUGACCUUUUGAAAUAGAAAGUAGCAUCGACCAUGGGGAAGACACCAAAGAAAUCUAAGGAAGUAAAAGAAGAGCAAACAGAAGAAACUGAAAGCAAUGAACGGUCGUACGAAAUGCUAGUGAACUUAAUGAAUUCAAUAUCACAACCAUUAGCGGGGAGAAAGCUGACAAAAAGGUUAUACAAAACAGUCAAAAAGGCAAGUAAACAGAAAAAUGUUAGAAGAGGAGUCAAAGAAGUUCAGAAGUUUAUCAAAAAAGGAGAGAAGGGUUUUAUUGUACUUGCCGGUGACGUAACACCCAUAGAUGUGUAUUGUCAUAUACCUGUAAUGUGCGAAGACAAUGAUAUUCCAUAUGCGUAUGUCCCAUCAAAACAGGAUCUUGGUGUGGCUACUGGAGCUAAAAGACCAACAGCUUGUGUACUUGUAAAAGUAGCAGAUGAAUACAAGGACAAUUUUACUGACUGCUUUCAGGAAAUACAAGCUCUUCCCAUGCCUAUAUAGAGAUAUUUAUAGCCAUGACACCUGGUAACCAUCAUCGCGACCUUGACACAGUUACUGCAAAGAAAAUGUACUAACGAGCUAAUAUGCUCAUGUUUUGUUUUUAGUUUUGAAUGACCCUAGUAUGAAGGUCAUAUUUUAGAGUUUGUGGUACAAUAAUUAUUCUGCCACCGCUCACAACUAGACAUGUAUAAUAUCACCAUACUUUCUUUUAAAACUUUGACAUCAAUCUUUGUCAAUUUAUGCAUACUUGUUUUAAAAAGUUGAUGUAUAGAAGUGUUUGUUAUUUCUUUAUGUGAAAAAAUUUGUAUACAAUUACACAUUGAAAACAGUUUUGUCUGAAUGGCUGUGAGCAAAAUAAACGAUGCAAGAGAAGAUAAUUAAGUACAACAAUCGCCUUACAAUGACACACUAUGUUUAAUAUAGGUCCCAUGCAUCAUUUACGAGUGUAAACAAAAUAAGUUUAUCGGAAUUAUGAAUGCAUGACACUCUGACUCGACACGUAUGAACACGUCCGGACAGGUUUGAUGGACAUAUCCCUGGACAUUAGUGUGGAUAUUUUGUGUACAUGUACACAAUACACAGGAUAUUGACCUAUUCUAGAAUUUUAAGCAAAGUUUGCCCUAUGCUUUGGUAUUUGAUAAUCGAAUCUAUGAUGAAAUUAUCCAAGAACACCACUCAUGUGCAAAUUAGCUCGCUGAAGGAUAACACUGCUGGAUACAACCCCAUUUAGAAAUGUAUUUUUUCACAAGACAUUAGUCGUACAUGAUACAGUACAUGUUGACGUCUGGUUUCCAACAAACUAUAUUGGAAAUAGGUAGAUGAGAGAAUGGAAAAUAUUUUGAAGGAAAACAAGUUGCAUGCCUCUCUUGGUCUCAAGAUCUUGGAAGCUAUUUGAGAAUAAAAAACUAGUAUUUCAGUGCAUACUUAGUUGCUGGAAUUCCUGAUUUUAUUGCCGCUUGUAUUACAGCUGACUGUAGUACAUAUUGUCAAGCAUUUGGUGUAUUCAUAUUAAUGUUAUUUUUCCACUUUGUGCAGAAUGAAAUGUGGGAUUUGGAACACAUUAAUAAAAUUACACAAUGCUGGUACUG